AUGAAGACACUUGUCCUCCUCACUGUCCUUGCCCUGCUGGCCUUCCAGGCCCAGGCUGAUCCUCUCCCAGAAACAACUAAGGAGACUAAAAAUGAGGAGCAGUCAGAGGUAGAGAACCAGGAUGUGUCCAUCUCCUUUGAGGGCCCAGAAGGCUCUUCUAUUAAAGAUGCAGCCACAAGAAGUGUGAAAUGCGCCUGUAGAAGAAAAUUCUGCUGGUUUUUUGAACAAGUCUCUGGGAUUUGCAACAAAGGUCCAGUGAUGUACGUAUUCUGCUGCCGCUGA